CUGCAGCGUGCUGCUCCGGCUGUGGGUUGGUCCAGCUGCUUGUCACGCCUCUUGUAAACAUCACAGCGGCUGAAAAGACUUCCGCAAAGGAUACACCGAUGUAUCCUCGCUUAUAGCUCCUUCAGCAAGCCUCCUCCAUCCUCGAUGUGCAUUUUAAGAAUUGAGAUGUCCUUCAAGAUGGCGUACUGAGAUCAAUUUCCGGGUCACACGCUCGAGAAUCGAGGAGACAGAAAUUUGGGAAAUGAGAAAGGCCCCCUGUUCUCGGGUCUCUGUGUGUUUGUGAUGCCGGUCCCCUUGUGAGAGGCCCGGUAAACCAGCCGCCGCUACACUGAGCUAACGUUAGUUAGCCGCUGCAGCUAACGUUAGCUGCUGUUAGUACCUUCAGAUAGUACCAAAGGCUACAGAGGAAGCAGGAUGGCAGACGAAGCUCCCUUCCAGUUUUUACAUAACGAAAUGAUCCAGUACAUUUACAAGUCAUCCGAAAACGGAGAGACGGAGAAUGGAAGAAAUAUCACCAAACUGGAGAAUAUGGGAUUCAGAGUCGGCCAGGGGCUGAUAGAGAGGGUGAAGCUCACAGCUCUUCUCUUUAGAUUGACCAAAGACACGGUGCGAUUCAAAGACGAGCUGGACAUCAUGAAGUUCAUUUGUAAAGACUUCUGGACCUGCGUGUUCAAGAAGCAGAUCGACAACCUUCGAACAAACCACCAGGGCAUCUAUGUUCUCCAGGACAACAAGUUCCGGUUACUGAGUCAACUGUCAGCCGGGAAGCAGUAUCUGGAACAAGCCCCGAAGUACCUGUCCUUCACCUGUGGCCUGGUGAGAGGAGCUCUGUCCAACCUGGGAGUGAAGAGUAUUGUGACCGCUGAGGUGUCCAUCAUGCCAGCAUGUAAGAUGAUGUCACUCCUCCGUUAUCCAAUCAGAGACAUCUUCAGAGGGGUAAAUUCCAGGUCAUGAUCCAGAAAAUGUGACUAGCCGAGGCCACGCCCACUCCGCUCUCUCCCUCACCUUGAUACAUCCUUGAGCUUUUGCCAAAUAGUAAAAUAUUCGUGUCUCUAUACUUUGGGGAUUACGUUGAUGAUUUCCUGCAGUCGAUAUUAUCAUAAGUGCACAAACACUUUCCAACGCCAUGGCGAGUAUUCUUGAGAAGAGUGAGUGAAUGUGUGACACAGGACUGUUUAUGGAAGAGCUUUGGCGCCCUCUGUUAGCAAAAAGUUAAACUGCACUGUUAAAAAGAUAUUGGUAAUUAUCAGUAACUUUGACAGGAUUUGUAAACAAAGCCCUGCUAGUGAAUCUAUGAUCAUUCCAAGCUUUCAGAAACUAGUUUCAUGUUUCAGCAAAUCAUAGAAAAUGAAAUGACACAUGAUAGAGAUAGAUAGAUCUAUCUAUCUAGAUCAACUAUAAAUUAAUAAAUAGAAAUGAGGAAAUGGGGCCUGGAACACAAACUGCGUUUCUCUACAGUUGGAUGUUGAACGGAAGCAGAUGAGUAAUUAACCUAUGAUCCCGGUGCUCCCCACAAGGUGACGACACUCACUGUAGCACUGAUGAUAGGCAGCAGUCUGUCCUAACUGUUCAGUACUGUUUAUUAACCUUGUUUGAACCUUCACGUUGAAUCCGUUGCAAUAAAUUCCAGUGUGAAAUCAA